CACCCCUGCUCGCCGUCGUGCACCUCCCGGGGCAGCUGUAUAGCUGCAGCCAGAAGCCAGACUUGACAACUAGGUAGCCCACCAUAGCCCUCACCACGCUAAUGAAUUGGAAGGCGGCUAGAAGACGCUGCUGGAUGUUAAGACGGCUAGCUGGCAAGAAAUGCAUCGUGCUGAUCCUUGUUAGCGCGUAUUUCACUACGGUACGCCGGAGCAGACAAGGCACGGUCGAAGACGCAGGAUAUGGCCCAGAGGCCGCGAGUCCUGGUCCGCCUUGGGCCCUCCAGCUGAAGAGGGGCGCCAGCCCAGACCAGACGUACGCCCAGCUACACCGCCUGCUGACCACCGCCGAGCGCCACUGGCUGUGCCCUCAUCCCGUCCUGGUCGGAGGUCGCUGCCUGGCGUGCUGGGCCAGCAGCAGCGACAGGGUCCAUCCGCAGGCAGAUGGAGAGAAGGCCGUGUGUGCGGACCUGCUGCGGCCCAACUGCUCCGUGCUGUCAUUCGGCACCAACCACGACUUCAGCUUCGACUUGGCGAUGGAGGACCUGGACUGCACCGUGCACGCCUUCGAUCCGACCAUGGGCGUCACCGGCUUCCGCAGGUCGGACCGCGUGUUCUUCCACGGUGUCGGGAUCGGGGCGCAGGACGACUUCAGCGCGAGGUUCCCAGUGGCCAACCUGGGCACCAUCAUCCAGCUGAUCCCGCUGCAGCAGGACAUCAUCGACUAUGUGAAGCUGGACGUAGAGUGUAGCGAGUGGGAGGUGCUACACCAGCAGCUCACCUCCUCCGGGGACCUGCUGCGCGUGCGACAGCUGGCGAUCGAGUUCCACCUGUGGCAGUGGAAGCCGCAGCUGGCUGACACUGCGGACGAGCGUGCCAGAAUCGCUCAAAAGCAGACAAACCAGUAUGUACACGCAGAGGACGCGGAACGCUUUGUGGCCGUGUUGCUGUCGUUACAGGCAGCUGGCUUUCAGUUAGUUCAUAGUCUGCCAUACCAUAUGUGUCACGUGUAUGAGUCUGGGUGCCUGCCGUUUAUUGUUGAAACGCUCUGGGUGAACACGCGGCUGAGUCAUUUGACAAAUAGAUAGCUUUCUCAU